AUGGAUCUUACAAGACUCGCCACUUCUAUCUGUGAGACAGCAGAGGCCCUUUCCAGCCAGCCUACGAUUGACCUUCAGGAGCGAGUAGAGCUGUUGCGGGCAUGUGAAAAGCUUUCUGCAAUUAUCGAACACCCAAACUCAAGAUUAGAGAAAGCCACUGUUGCGAUAUCCCCAAUCGUAGCCGCCCGCGUCGCCAUCAACUUGGGCAUCUUUGAUUUCGUCCAUAAUUCCGGUAAAGAGGAAUUUACGAGCGACGAAAUAGCAUCGCACACAGGUGGAGAUCCAUUGCUUAUUUGCCGUAUUUUGCGGUCAUUGACAGCGUCUGGUAUCUUCAAUGUCACCCUAGGAGGUACCUAUAGCCCCGGCCCCAUGGUGAAGGAUCUCGCUCCGGGUGGCUACUUGGCAAGCCGGAUCAUAAUGAACUUAUCUCCCGAAAACGCCUAUGCAGGACCCUUUCAAUAUGUCUUUGACACAAAUGAGCAUUAUUUCAACUGGAUGAAGUCGCGCCCAUCUCAAAUGGAUGCCUUCAACCGUACAAUGCAGGCCGGUGUUGAACGUGACAAUUCCGCGCGAUGGACCCAAAUAUUCCCCGUCGAGCAGCGAUUCCAACGAUUCUUGAGCACCAGCUCUCCUGUUGAUGAAGAGCUCCAACUGGUAGAUGUCGGAGGUGGCAUUGGCCAUGAAAUCCGCAUUUUGCUUGAUACGCUUCCAUCUCUACAGGGCCAUUUUACCCUCCAGGAUGUACCCGGCGUUAUCCAGAGCAUGCUCCCGGAACUCCAGAUAACCGUCCCCGCCACGCAGACAGUGAAGGCUAUGCCGUAUGACUUCUUUGAGCCCCAACCCGUGACAAGGGCACAUGUCUACUUUCUGGGCCGUGUCCUGCAUGAUUGGCCGGACGCUCAGGCGCGGAGCAUCCUGCAGCAUAUCCGCAAUGCCAUGGGCAAAGACUCUGUGCUCCUGAUUCACGACCGUGUGUUACCAGAUGAUGCGGCGAAGGUCCAUUUAUCAGAUACGAUCAUGGAUUUCAAUAUGAUGGCCUUAUGUUCUUCCCUCGAACGAACAGAGGCACAGUUCCGAGAAUUGCUCGGGUCCGUGGGACUUGACCUGGUACGGGUGUGGCGGCCAGAAACAGCUGGUCUUCAUCGACAAGCGGUGCUUGAGGCGGUCCGGGCAGAUUCUGUCAAUGAUAAAUAA